AGUCGACGGAUGUGCUGAUUGGUUUGUCGGCGUCCCAUGAGUACGGGCGUAUAGGUCGACCACUCCGCGCGUCUGCUCCCGUCUACGGCUCGCGGCCGCGUCCGAACGCGGCGCGCGGCUGGCUGCUGGCUGCUGCUGCUCUCAAAUGCUGCGGUGAGAAGAAGCGACAAGCGGCAGCACCGCCACGCCAGGAGGAGAGAGCGCUGCACUUGUUCACGACAGACACCCACUUCUUACCUUGUCGACUGCGGUCGAUCUGGCCUCCCUCGCUGCGUGAAGUGAGCGAGCGAGCCCCAGCGAAAGAGCGGGCGCAUCUCUUUUUUUUGUGGGGGGGGGGGGGUGCUGAAUAUUCUCGUGUCGCAGCCCAUAUGGCUUGAAGGGGACUCCAACAACAGCAGCACCUCGGCCUGAGCCAGUUGGCGCAAAGUUCGCAUUCUUGAGUGAGCUGAACUUACAUGCGGCAGGUGCAGCAAAUCGGAUCCUCGGAGGCCACAUCCUUGCUCGCAGCAAGCCGCCGAGAAACCCCGGCAGGACGACCGUGCACAUGGCGAAGUGCAUCAUGACGCUACUCUUGUUGGCGGUGGUGGCGCUCGUGGUGGUUGUGCAAUGCACAGGCCUGCCUGCUCACCUCCUGGGCGACACACGUGCGCCUGGGUCGCCGGGAAGCCUGCGAAACCUUACGCUCGCAAACGCAUGGCACCAAGGCGACCUCGAGCCGACCGCCGCUGGCGAGCAGCACGCGCCGUCGAGAGAGAUUCGCCAGCUGCCAGAUGCCAUCAUCAUCGGAGUGCGGAAAGGCGGCACCCGGGCCCUCCUGGAGAUGCUCAACCUGCACCCCGACGUCGCGGCGGCAGACAACGAGGUGCACUUUUUCGACGAUGACAAAAACUACGCGCAGGGCCUGGAGUGGUACCGCCAGCAGAUGCCCCUGACCAAUGAGGCGCAGAUGACUGUGGAGAAGACGCCAGCGUAUUUCUCGUCGCCCGUGGCUCCGCGUCGAAUCCACGAAUUGGAUCCCGGCAUGCGGCUGCUUCUAAUAGUCCGAGAUCCGACUCAGAGGGUCAUCUCUGAUUAUACACAGGUUUACUACAACCGAUUGGAGAGGGGCAAGCCCACCAGGCCCUUCGAGGAGAUGGCGGUGCGCGACGGGCGUGUCAAUCUGGCCUACCAGGCCGUGCAGCGCAGCAUGUACGACCUGCACCUCCUCCGCUGGCUCGCGCACUUCCCUGCGCAGCGCAUCCACGUGGUGGACGGUGACCGGCUGGUGCAAGAUCCGCCGCGCGAGGUGGGACGUGUGGAGCGUUUCCUGGGCCUCUCGCCGCACGUUGGGCCCGACAACUUCUACUUCAACGCGACGCGUGGCUUCUACUGCCUCCGCAACGAGACGCACGAGCGCUGCCUCAACAAGUCCAAGGGGCGGCCGCACCCGAGUGUGCGGGCCGACGUGGUGCGCCUCCUCCACGCCUUCUUCCGAGAGCACAACCGGCGGUUCUUCGGCAUGAUUGGCAGGACCUUUGAUUGGCCGUGAAGCCGUCGAGAGAGGCUUGCUCCUGCCGAAGCUCGUCCCCUCGUGGCAGUAGACUUCGACUCACCUUUGACGUGGGGCGAAAGCAGAAAAAAUAAAUAUAUAUACACAAUGGACCAAAUUGCAAAGGGCACUUGCUAUUUCUAAGCAGCACUUCACUUACGAUAACUUCUAGAGCAAUGCUACAGCCUAGAGAAAGGGCCUUGCCCCGAUACAAUAUGAUACCUACGUUAAUAAAGCACAACAGAACUGAUUUGCUGCCGAUGGAAUAAAUUGGUUUGAUUUUUUGAAUGUCACAAAAGAGUUAUUGUCCUGGAUGGUAUGAAAAGAUAAGAUAAAACAUUUUUAAUGUCGUGAUUUAUCUGCUUUAUUUUUAUUGCCAGUAGUUCCAAUUCGAGCACGGAGUGCAUUUACCAAUACCCUUUGACAAGAUUAAUGAUCCCCUUGUUAAUGGGCAGGUUAAACGUGUCAAUUAUUUCAUCAUGGUGUCCUUAGGCAAAAUGUAUGUUAAAUGGACCCGCAUUUAACUCGAGCCCUUUUGUGGCCCUUGCCUACAGCACAGUGGCAAGCAAUGUCAUCAACGAGAGGACCAAUCAAUCUCAUACAUACCAAGACUCCUGCUGGUCAACUUUGGACAUACAGCUGAAGAACUUUGGUGUAGACUUGCAGUCAAUGCCUAUGCACUGCGCUUACACAAUCACAACAACACCAGCUUGGCUUAAAUGGGCAAAAAUGAAAUGGAAACCAAACAACCAGGAGUUUGUCGAGGGUCAGUGUGUGUGUGAAUACCAUAUCUAUUUAUGUACAUCUACCCUUUUGUAAAUUGUAAAUUGAAAGAAAAGCAGAAAAGUUUUUAAAAUGUACAUUAUAUUUAACCUUAUAUUUUUACUCCUACCGGAGGCCAAAUGCAGUUCACUUAAAGUAAUACGUUUUGUGUACAACGCUUGCUAAAAAAAAUUGGUUAUUUAUAAUCCUUUCAUUGCUAACAAUGGAUGUAAUACGUUUAUAACUCUUUCAUUUGUACUGUAUGUAUUCAACAUUUUUAGAUUAUAUCAGUCAAAGUAUGCUUUUAUCAAAAAUAAAAACAGUAAAGGACAUGAAAAGAUGAGCAACAAAUGUUUUCGUUGAAUUUACUACCAUAUAUUUCCAUACCAAUCAAAUAUAUAUUUUUUAAUAUGCCCAGUAUGUGACCACAAAAGGAACUUAAAUUAAAUUAAACUUAUUUUAAAUAAAAAAAAAUAAGGGUGGGAGGCAUCUCAAUUCUCAGGGCUCUUUUGCACUGGUGGCCCUGAGCCAGAGAUGGAAAUUCCACAUUCCAACAGGGACCAGUUUAUCCACAGAACAACUCCAAAACAAACUAUACAAUGUACCUGGUAUUGAUUAAACAUUUCAAUGCUGAAAAAAGACCUGCAAAUUACACAAUUGGAAUUACACCGCAACAUCGCACACUACUGUAAAAAAAUUCGCAUGAAAAAAUAAUAGUUGUACUGAAAAUAUGAUUCCACGUGGAACUGAUGUGAUCCACGAUUCCGCAGAAUCAAUCAGGAUUCAUCAGUCGAUGAGAUCUGGCACAGUUGGCACAGUUUGGAUUGGAUUUUAGACAAUAUUAAACCAAUAAUGACAAUAAUGAUAAUAAAAUUUCACCAAUUAGCAUGAUGUUUAAAUAUGUAUAAACAAUUAAAGAACAUACAUCCCAUCGUAAAGAUUCUGCACAAUCAAGAUGAGCAGACUAUAGUAGAGGCACUGUACUUCCAUGCAGCUCCCGUGAUUUUAGCAAAAUUCAUUAACUAGAAUCAAUUAAUCUGAUGAUGCCCACGUAGAAUCGUGCACGUGGACAUCAAUCAGUAUUUAUGACCAAAGUGAUUUUUUUUGUAGCAGAAUUCUCCAGAGUGUACUGACACAUGUUACAAGGGGGCUAUGUAUAUCUAUUGACGUUGAAAGUUACUUUGUUGAUGAAUGAAGCAAUAAAUGGCAGCGCUGCAUGCUUCCUCAA